CCCCCUCUUGUCCCCAUCCCCCAGCUCGGCCGCCCGCCGCUUUGUUCCGGGCGCGCGGAGGGAAGGCGAGGCUGCGGCGGAUCAUGCCCAUGGUGUAGCCGCGAAGCGGAGGCAUGGCUGCCGGAAGGUUACUGCUCUACACGGGCCUCUCGCUAGCGCUCUGCGCCCUGGGCAUGCUGGCUGUGGCCAUCUGCUCCGACCACUGGUACGAGACCGACGCUAGGAAGCACAGGGACAGGUGCAAGGCCUUCAAUACUCGCCGGGUUGACCCUGGCUUUAUUUACAACAACAACAACAACUUGCCGCUCCGGGCCAGCCGCUCACGCCUGGACCGCUGGGAGGGCAAACUCCUCCGGGCCCGGAAUCGCCGGCAGCUCUUCGCCAUGAGCCCCGCGGACGAGUGCAGCCGACAGUACAACUCCACCAACAUGGGCCUCUGGAGGAAGUGCCACCGGCAGGGCUUCGACCCGGAGAUCGCUGCCCUCAUUCGGAAAGGAGAAAUUGAGCGCUGCACGUACAUCAAGUACCACUACUCCUCAGCAACCAUCCCCAGGAACCUCACUUUCAACAUCACCAAGACCAUCCGUCAGGACGAGUGGCAUGCCCUGCACCUGCGCAGAAUGACGGCCGGCUUCAUGGGCAUGGCGGUGGCCAUCAUCCUCUUUGGCUGGAUCAUCGGUGUGCUGGGCUGCUGCUGGGACCGAGGCCUUAUGCAGUAUGUGGCAGGGCUUCUCUUCCUCAUGGGAGGAACCUUCUGCAUCAUUUCACUGUGCACCUGUGUGGCUGGGAUCAACUUUGAGCUGUCACGCUACCCACGCUACCUGUAUGGACUCCCCGAUGACAUCAGCCACGGCUAUGGAUGGUCCAUGUUCUGUGCGUGGGGGGGCCUGGGCCUCACGCUAAUCUCGGGAUUCUUCUGUACCUUGGCCCCUUCUGUCCAACCUGUCCCGAGGACCAACUGCCCUAAAUCCAGACCCGAGAAUGGGACAGUGUGCUAAAAAAACAAACCCAUACACACACAUAUAUAUAUAUAAAUAUAUAUAUAAUAUACAUAUAUAAAACAAAACUCAAUCAAGACGAUGCCAGUGCCAAGGUAGAGUUGAGUUGGCUCAGGCACCUGCAUCUCGCCAGACUUUGUGUUGCCUCAUCACCAAGAUGGGGAAAGUGUUCCCAUCCUGUGGCUCUUCCAUCAAUUCUUGACUUUUGGCUUCACAGUUUCUUGAAGACAAAGCAAACAUCACCACCUGCGAUAGCAUCUCGGUCCCCGUCACUCAUGAGCACGUGGUGGGGAGCUAGAAGGGACAGUGGCAGUGGUCUGGAGCAACCCAGAUGUGAGAAGGAAGUGCCACGCACUGGGCCAGCAGGAGAGGACACCACCCCGCGGACAUGUCCCAGGGAAGCGCGGCCCCCUGGUUCAUAGAGCGGAACCACAUCUUCAAGGCCAUUUUCAGUACCACUCCUCCUGCUCUUCCUGUCUGAGCUCCUUCCUGGCCCACCAGCAACACACAAGGAGUAGACGAGAAAACAAACCAAGAAGGAAGUUUUCUCUCUGUGGCCAAACUUUCGGACAAAAUUUUAGAGGUGGGAAGGGGAGAGAACAUGCUGAGAGGCAAGAUCCACACCAAUAAAAGGACACUUCAGUGGAUGCUCAGAAAGCCCAGUCUUACCUUCCAGCUGCCUUACGCCCAGUAAACAAGAGGCCACCCCGUCCUCCCCACCUGCACUCCCUGGGCAGAUCAGAGCCUUGGAGUAGUGGUGUGAUGUGGUGUGAGUGUGUGUGUGUGUAUGUGUGUGUGUGAACACUGGGUGGUUUCCUUUAUUUCUUUUCCGCCUUUUAAAUGGAAAUAUUGCAUUUUGACCAUUGUCUCUCUAUCACUAUGGUGGUUUCAUGGCUGAGAUGGAAGCCCAGAUUCCUAGAAAGUAUGAGAGGCAGGCCUCUAAGGAUGCCAGUACUUGGUGCUGCAGCUGCAGAUGCUUGAAGAAAAACAGAGAGAGACAGAGAGAGAGAAAGAGAGAAAGAGAGAGAGAGAACGCACAUGUGGUGGAUGCUGCCUGAGUGGGAGGUUUUAUUAGCUGUGUUGCAUUUUUUCUAUUACUUUUGGUACAACAGAAAUUCCCAGAGAGCAGAACCGAGAACAAAACCACUGGGCCAGAGGACCCUGUGGCUCUGCACAUUACAGUUCUGGAUCGCCACAGGAUUUAGUCCUCUAAUUUUGGAAGUUCAAGACACAGCUGGGCACAAAAGCCAUGAGAGAAGAGGGGGGAACACACAGUUCAGGAGGGAGAAGGAAUGUCGCCUCUGGUUGCUGUUGUACAAGUACGUAUACCAAACAAGACCUUCACUCCCCAACAUGGGGGCUGUCCUUUGUCACUGGACAUCUACCCCUUUCCUAGGGGUAACGUCUGUACAGAUGAAGGAAAACGAGUCACAUGCAGAGAGAACACCUCCAUUACCCAUGGGCUCAAAUUUGUAUGAUAUUGUGUAAAUUAAUGGAGAACUCUUGACUUUCCAUCCUCUUCCCUUUCCUCUUGAUAUUCAAGGCCAUGAAUCCCAAAAUAGUUGUCUUAGUAGCUAGCACCCAAACAGAGGUGAAAUAAAUCCACCCCAGUGUCUCAGGCCCACUUGAGCAAAAUGGCGAGGCAGGUGCUGGUGAGUGGAGAGAAAUCAGAGUUGUGGAUGCUGUAGGGCCGGAGUAGGUCAGUCACCUCAGGGGCCCUGCUGGUGCCCAGCAGCCCCAGGGGAAGCAGGGAGAGAAUCCCUGAGCUGACAUAGCCACAGUUGACCUUGCAGCAGAGAAUCUAGCUGUUUAAUAGCUCAUAUACUUUGGGAACUUUGCCAACACUCAGCAGCCUGCCUUCCUCAUUGCUGUUUCUUCACCUGUCUUCCAACCAGCUCUCCCCUCUUCUUACCUACUGACCACUGGCCCUGGCACCUUGCAUCCGUGUAAGUCCAGCCUGUCAUUUGCUCUUCUUGACCGUGUGUGUGUAUAAUCCAUAUCUGGCUAUGACAUCUGAUGUGCGUGAAUGGGCUUGAGUGUAGAUGCUGUGUGUAUCUCUGGUGCAUUUUGCUUGUCUGUGUUAGUACACACCUGCACACAAGUGUGGAUGCCCUACUCAAGACUCCCUCUCCAGGGAGCCCAGUCAGCUUCUGCAAAAGGUCUAGCGUGUGAGUGCCCUUGGUAUGGGUGUACCGGGCGAUGGAGGAGAGCUGGGUAGAAAGAAGUGCUGUUGGCUUCUGAUGGAGGUUCCAAGGAUUGUUUUUAAGACCCACAUGAGAAGGGAAGUAAUUUUCAGGAAACCCUAGUUUUUUAAAUGGGAAUUUUAUUUUCAUUUUUCUUUGAAAGUUUGAUCUCUCCCUUUAGGGAAAUGGCAUACUUGGGAGAAGGGAAGAGUGA